AACGAAUGUUGCUACAGCGCCUUCCGUUGUCAACCGACAGCGAACGGCAGGGGGCAGUCAGUCGUUGGUCCAGCAGGCUGAACAGCAGGCACCCGACGCUGCCUGCAGAGAGUCGAUAUGCUUUGCGGAGCCGACCGCUAUAAUCGCGUGAACCGCUGGUGAGUGCGGGCGACUUCGGUCGCGUCUGUGCCCUCGUGCACAGGUCACCUAUACAUUACGCUGGUUGCUGCCUAGUCCUGCGUAUUCCUACCACUGUUUGGCAGACGGACAGGUCUCGCUCGGAAAGAAACUUCUGAAACUCGCGCCGACUUUGCGGAGAACUUGUUUCAUGUGACUGUUCGCCACCUGCGAUACGGACUGACUGCCAGUGAAAUCCCGAGCGUGGGGCACUACUGUGUCGUUUUGGUGUCUAUCUCUUCCAUGGUAAUCGGGCGAUUUGAAACGGGAAACAUCUUCACCGGGAAAAAGAAGCACGUUGUACUGGUGCAUUACUUAUAUCUGUGCGCUCCGGGAGGCAAGACGACGAUGACGUGCGAUGACCUGAACUGCAAACUGACCUUUGCCUAAACGAACGUGCCAUUUCUCGCAACACUCGACCAGCGUUUUCCACUUCGUCGCGGAACUUCUUGACGCUCCUAAACCGCACUCUUGAAGUCGUAUGGUUUAAGGCAGUGCCGGAUAGCGCGAGAGGGGACCAGAGAUGAGCGGGUCCUACGAGUUGCACCAGCCGGCAUCUCACCCCACGUCGCCACCGCUCAUCCCGGAGGAGUCACCACCAUUCUCAAGGAUAGCGGGCGGAUCCCCAACAGCUAACGGUGACGGUCCAGUGGCGGCCACCUCUAUAACGAAGACGGGCUGGGUGCGGACCAGUGCCAGCAUGAACCCAAACCUCUACGCCACCAAGAAGACCUUGGCGCAGGGCAUGCUCGACGUGGCCCUGCUCUCGGUCAAUGCCACCCAGCUCAAGACCAUCAUACAGCGUGGGGACGAGCACGACUUCUACACCGUGCUCGUGGUGCUCAUCAGCCUAUCCAUCGCUCUGCAAAUUCUGGUGGGCAUGGUCUUCCUGGUGCUGGGCUUCGUAAACCUCAACAAGGACAAGAACCACCGGAUGGCCGAGAUCCUCAACAACGUGGCCACCGCGGCCGUCUUCGCCGUCACGGUGCUCAACAUCCUGACGGCUUCCUUCGACAGCCGCAACGACGGAACCACCUUCCAGCGACGGCCAAGCCAGACCGAACCAUUGGUUCCACGAUGAACUUGGCGCUUUUUGCUUCGUGCGCGCGGGAGGGAGACGGGCUUUACGGUGGCCACGUUGCUGGUUUACCGAUAGGUUGACGGCGCGCUGACAUGAUAUUUUCGAAAUUUUAUCUGUUGCGUUAAAUGAAGGUCCGGAACAUCUAAACCUAGGAAAACGCUGGCAAGCCUCAGGGGGCCCUAAAUGAUUUGAUGUCAUAGCUUUUAUACGGCUAGUUUCGGUAUGGUAUUGAAAUUUAUUGUGAUGUCAUGACGCAGGAGGUGGUCACGUGGGAGCAACAGUGCAAUGCUUUGACACUUGUUCCGACUUGCUCGGUCGUCUGCUAUGCCACAACAUCGCCUACUGCAUUGGCGGCAACCGAGCAAGCUGCAGUGAGUGUAAAACCUCGCAAUGCCCUGCUCCUACGUGGCCACUUUCUGUGAUGACGUCACGAUAUAGUAACCUCCUGGAAACCGAAACCGAACCUGGCUGUAGAAAACCUCUUAAAAAAUGUAGGUCCGAUCUACGCUGUGAAGGUGGAUUAUAGUGAAGCUGUUGAGAUUCACCAAAUGAAUUAUGAAAGAAAAGAAUAUGCGCUAUACAAAAACCAGCGCGUGAUAGCGCCACUAUUUCAGCGCUGCAAAACGGCCGGUCAAGAAACGAAAUCCGCAAAUCUGUAUAGCGGUUCUGGGACGGGCUUGGCGUUACCGGUGGCCGCAAGGUACGCGUCAGCAACCCUCGCCAGUAAGAUAUGAUCGCGAAUGAAUAUACGAACAUGACAAUUGCAUUUUCUUUCCCGAUGAAACAGUUCGAUGGUCAGCAUAUACCCAAGCUCUAGGUUCCUUCUUUUUUAUCUUGCCUUGUCCGUGAGCGUUCGGAAGAACACAACACCAGUACCCCUAUAUCCACACAUCGUUAAUUCCACAAGUGGAGCGAAUGAUACGUUUAUGCCACGUCACGUCGAAGCGCAACACACCUUUAUCACCGCCGCUCGCUCUGUGCGCCCGAUCGUGACAGGGCAGGGUUUUUUUUUUCUUCGAAAACAAGCGCUCGGUUGUGCGGCUAGACCGGUUUCUGCGUGGCGAAGAUAUGGCAACGAAGAUAUGCUGUUUAGUGCCUUCAAUUGCUGACAACAGAGACUUUAUCAUCUGUCAUGUGAUUCUGAUGCUUGUUUUGUAUUUUUUCUAUUUUUUGCGGAAUUUCUUUCUGGGCACACGAAAGAACAGUUCGUUGGUAGAGGUAUAUAGCUUCACGAUACUUUUUAUGGAGCGCUAAGGGUUGCUAGUAUUUUUUUCAAGGGUUUGCAAGUAUAGGAUCUUCAUUUAGCGCAAAAAACAUUAAAAAAACAUGUCAUGUCAGUACUCCUUUAAGAACAAUUUAAGAAUACCACGCGGCCUGCCACAAUAUCGCGUCCACAUAUUUUACAGCUGACGAGAAACAAUUGGGCUUACAAAGACAUAAAUUGCUUUUUCACGAACAUUUAGGCAAAAAGUGGCGAUUUUCCGCCCAGCGGAGAUUUGAGAUCGAGACGAGUUAAGCUCCGGGUUCCGCUUAGGUGAACGAUGUCUCGCCUGCCACGGUGGCUCAUCAGUGACUUUUGAUCUUUGCUGCUGAGCACAACGUCGAGGGUUCGACUCCCAGCCGCGGCGAACGCAUUCCGAGGGCAGUUCGUUUACUUAGAUACAGGUGCGUGGUAAACAGACACAGGUGGUCGAAAUUUAUCCGAUGCUGGAGUCGCAGUUUCAGGACGUUGAGCUCCACAAUUAGAUUUUUGACUUGAGCAAUGUCUCCCGUUUGUACACUACACCAGAAGCGAAAGACCCAAUACUUCGUGCAAUUAGCGCUAACUUAGCUGACCAGAUCGUGACUACUGAAUACUAAACGCUUAUCUGCGAUCAUGAAAACUGUGAGUAACCAAAUGACGCAGUUUUGCUCCAUCAGGACCUACUUCUAUGAAUAUCUGUCGGGUGCCAAAAGAUUGACAGCGCCUUCGAGGAUGGCAGAGGAUCAGAUGGCGUGGUGAUACACGGAAGUUUAAAUGCACAGGUUGAGCUCGGUUGACGCAAGACGAAGCUACUGGAAGUUGCUAGACAAAGCCUUUGCGCGGUAGUGGAAAAAAUGUACGACAAUGGUGGAAAGGAUGAUGAUGAACUGUGUAAUACCAUACUUGAAAUAAAUUUCAGUUUUCAUUCGUGUCUAGAGACUAUGAAAAGGCCAACCAAGAAGCGUAUUUUAUAACCGUGCAGAUUGCAUGCCGUGCGCCUUUCCUCAUGGGUUUGGACGCCAUCAACAUCGCCGAUAUUGGACGCUCGGCGUGAUGACUGCUAAGAAUGGAAAAAUCGACCUUAUCGAAUGGAUCGUUGCGGAAUAUGGCCUCUGAGGCAGACUGGAGCGUAUUGUCGUAACGCUAUCACCGAAGUCAAAGAACCAUAAAAACAAAUACCAUGGCUAAGUCAUGUUAGCAACCACGGUGGAAAUAAGAACAACAGUAUGUUUCUGUGGCCUAGUGCAAUGCUGCAAGGUGGGUGUGCCGCAGAAUCGAAGUAAAGAGAGAUAAAUCAUAAGAGAAAGACAGGGAGGUUAACCAGGCUGAGCCCAGUAGGCUACCCUAUACUGGGGAAAGGAGAAAUGGAUUGAAACAUGAGAAGAAAUAGAGAAAUUCGCGCUUUGCAAUCACAGCUGGUGCAUUUCAGAGUCGAGGUAGCAUUGCUCUACUACGGUUUACCUGAUGUACGCUUUCACUGCGGCCAGCGGCGACGGCGUACAUAGGGGUCAGCGUCAUGUAUUUCUGUGCUGAGAAGAAAAGCAUAAAAAGAGUUCCACCAAGGACGUGCUUUCUGCAGAAAUAGUGAAACUUGUGCUACGCAAAAAAAAAAAAGAUUUCCUAUUUUCGCGCAUAUUCUGCUGUGAGCUGUGAACUUAUCACCCAUCUAAGAAAGCCACACAGGCAUAGGCUCGUACACAGAUCUGACGGGCUUUGUGCAGUAUGCCAAACAUAUGAUAUGUGGUAUAUUAUUCCUCGUUGAAAAUGGUUUGACAUACACUAAUAUGGCACACCAUGAAGGGUCCAAUGGUAUACCAAACUGUGACAAAACAGCGAAGGUGUCUGCGAACGUAAAAUGUUCUUUUCUUAAUGACUGGUUUAUUUUGUAGUUUGGUUCAUGGUGUUCAGCAAGCAUAAUGGAAAGGCAUUGUUUUAUGUUUUCGCAAAACGUACAAGGGGCCACAAUUUGGUAAUAGGAUUGCAUAAGCAAUCGAUAGGGAGAUGGGGCGCCUUAGUGCCGGAGUUGGCACUAGACCGUUCAACGUGCUGCAGUUUUCCCGGCUCUCAUUCACAAUACACUUGCUUCAAUUGAAUAACGGUUCAAAAUAAACGCAUGGCGUUGUCUAAGAGAACACGCUGAAUGAGAGCGUAAGAUGACCUCUAUCGUGUUUCGCUUCGCCCGAGACUUCCGCUCGAGCGGGAUAGCCAGAAAGUUUUAUAUAUUUUUUUUUGGGGGGGGGGGAAGGGGGGUUGCUAGCGGCAUCAUAGUACGCAGAAAUUUCGGGAGGAGGGAGGCACGUGCCUAGUGUGCUUCCCCCCCUCCUCCUGGCUACGUUGCGGCUCCACGCAAGGCCAAAGCUCACUGUCCGCCUAGUGACAACAAACGGCGAGCAUGACGCAAAAACACGUCUUUGCUAGGACUGGUCAUGUGACGCGAUCGGAGGGAUCUUCGCUGUUUCUGCCCGUCCGCGGGGCACGCACGAUUUUGCAAUACCAGUGUUACGCAAAGAACCGGUGGAUCUCAUUUCAAGUGUCGUGAUUUUGCAUUUACGAUUCUCUCGAAGCGACUUACCGAGACUGUAUUCAUAGUUUCCAAACCGGGAAUAAAGCACUAUUCUUUGAC